UGCAAAGCAAAACAAACCUGGAGUUUUGCCUUUUUACUUUGAUCUCUCAUGACAACCAUUCAGUUAUGCAAAACAGCGGGGUGGACCUAGCCCCGCCUACAACGACAAAGCUCCUGCAGUUAUCAAGCUUCUGGUUUUAUAACAACUGAAGUUAAAAUUGUCUGAUGGUUCAGUAAAGUGGCACAAUGUGCCUGGAAAACAUAAUACUGCCCCGACAGGAGAGUAUUUUUCAUCAGUACACAUAAAAGUACUAGUUUCACCGGCAGAAAUAAAAAUCUGCCAGUGAAACUAGUCCCUUAUAUUCAAGACAAGUUAAUCUAGCUGGUUUGACAUUUGCACUAAAAAAAACUAGACAAAAAUACUUGAUAAGUUCUGCGUUUUUUCUUUUUUUUGCGUACCUCACUGAGCUCACAGACUUUUUUUUUUUUAAAUCUUCGGACAGAUGCAUUGCCUUCGAGAUGAGGAUGCUCUCAUCCCGUCACCUCGUGGACAUUCACCAAAAGUCUGCGCCGCAUCGGUGGCUGCCAUAGCAACCGGGGGAAUCCUGCUUCUGUCUCCUGGUGGGCUAAUUAACCUGGUAGCUUUUGCAACACUCAUCGUGGCUCUUGGGCCCUUGCUGCAUGGACUCUAUCUGCUGUUUGAGGAGCUGCUGCACCAUUCAAACACGAGGCACCGAGGUCGGUCGCUGCUCGGCCACAUCCUGCCUGCCUGUGGAUUGGGACUCAAGAGUCUGCUGGCGGCAGCACUGGCCGCCCUCCUGCUGCACCUCACCAGGGACUCCCUGACGCCGCGAGGCCAAAGCUGGGAGCUCGUUGUUCUGGUUCCUGUGCUUUACGCGCUCCUCAAAUGCCUGGGAGUCCUGGGUCCGUGGGAGGUGGAGGUGUCGGACAUCUGCGAGGAGAGGAAGCUGAACGUGGCGCACGGCCUGGCCUGGUCCUUCUACCUCGGCUACCUGCAGCUGGUGCUCCCAAGUUUGAAGACGUCCAUCGAUUCAUUUCGCGGCUCUCAUCGAGACAGCUUGUGGGGUCCCGGCUCCCAGAAGCUCCUCAUCCUCAUUCCACUUAACGCCAACAUCUCGCACAAGCUGGAGGACGAAGACAGCCACAUUGAGUUCUACAAGAGCCUCCCGAACACCGAGCUGGACAGGGCCGGGGUCAGGGGUCGCGUCUACAAGCACAGCGUCUACAGAGUGAAGGACGAGCGCGGGAAGGCCCAUGACUGCGCUGUGGAGUAUGCGACCCCCCUGCUGACUCUGUACCGCAUGUCCCAGGAGAGAAACGCAGGUUUUGGGGAGCCUGAGCGCAGGCAGCAGGUCCUUCUGUUCUACCGGACCCUGCGGGACAUCCUGGACCGGUCUCUGGAGUGCCGCAACCGCUAUAGACUCAUCCUGAUCAAAGACGAGCACGAGGAUGACCCUCACUUCCUGUCCAAAACCAUCCUGAGGCAUCUGGAGCAGCAGGACAAAGAGGAGUUCUGUCUGAUCGGAGCGCCGCAACAGGACACCAACAAACCCGUGGAGGUGGAGGACUGGCACAACCCUGAACCAAUGAGCCGAGAGCCCACGCUGAUGAUGAGCCUGGACAGGCCUCAGCCUCUCAGGGGCCCCGUCGAGGACACAGACAGCUUCAGACAAACUUAAACUGAAGCCCAGGGACAGAGGAACACAUAUACACACACACACACUGUUAGGGUUAACACCUGUUGAACAUACUUAAUAAAGACAGAAAAGACAAACGGAGUCGGUAUUCUUGCUACUCGCGAGGAGAACGGACAGAGAUGUGCUUCAGUCACAAUCUCCUACCGCUCUGAAGCACAUUUGUCCGCACCUCACUUUUAUUGUUUCAGGAUCCCUAAUCACAAGGACGCUGCAGCUCCAAAGGGAGGGGAAAACAAUUCAUCAUAGCUACAGCGCCAGUUGUCAUUUACUAACUAAUACACAAAUUAUCCUGGACUAGAUAAUCUCGUUCCUGACACAAAGUCUAGCAGAAUAUACUGUGAUUCUUCACAGUGACAGUUUUAUAGCAUUCCAGCAACUCAGCGAACCAAAACUCUUCACCAAAAGAUAACCUUUCAGGAAAACACUAUCUCUGCUUUCCAUCAGUGAGACCUUCUGAGAAAGGAAUCAGAGCAAAUCAACAAUACAAGAAACAUUCUUAAUUCUAUAAUGAGAUUAACUUAAAGGAAAGUAUAAAAUAAAGAUACAUUAUAAAGAUCAAUGACAAUAACAAAUAUUUGAUUAAUUAUAUCACAAUUUCUCCAACACACAC